AUGCCUCCACGUACAAGUGAAUUUGCCAAAGAUGCUGCAGAAGGUGAUAUAAAAAAAGCAUAUCGUAAACUUGCUCUUUUAUGGCAUCCAGACAAAAAUCCAGACAAUCAUGAGGUAGCAGAAAAAAAAUUUAAAGAAAUUGCCCAAGCAUAUGAAAUUCUUUCUGAUACAAAGAAACGGGCAGAUUAUGAUAAAUCUAAAACUCGCCCAACAUUUAGCCGUCAUUCAUUUGGAGGACAUCAUGCACCAUCAGCCAGAGCAAAUUUUGCCUCUGGACGCCAUCGUAAUUCAACUGGAUCAUUCCAACAUCAAAAUCCUUUCUUUACACAUAACUCUUUCCGUAGUCCUUUUGACAUUUUUAAUGAAUUUUUUGGAGAUCCAUUCAAAUUUCCAGAUCACCAUACAGCAUUCACCCACCACAGUCCAUUUCAUUCAUUUUUCGAGACAAAAGAUCCUUUUGCAGCAUUUCACAAAAAAUCAAUGCCACAUAGAUUCUUCAAACAUGCCAAAAGUUUUGAAGAUGAGAAGGAUGAGAAUGAUAGUGGAUAUUCAUCUGUAAUACGUUUCUCUUCCAGUAAUGAACCUGGAAAAAAUGCAAAGAAAAUUACAACAAGUACAAGAAUAAUUGAUGGUAAAAGAGUAACAACAAAAAAAGAAGAAGAUAAUGGAAUAGAAACUAUUGAAAUAACAGAAGAUGGUAUUCUUAAAAGUAAAUUAAUUAAUGGUAAAGAAGUUGCUAUUGGUGCUUGCUAA